AUGGAUGUUAUUACAAACCUAUUCCACUGCACGAGCUUCGAUGGAGCGGCUGCUACCGCGUGUGUGAAGCGCUUUGAGGACCUGCAGCCGUACAUGCACCUGUUCAUGGACGACUGUACAGUCGAAGACGACGAAAGUGACGGUGACGACUCCACUACCAACCCAAAUGCCAAAAAACCCCGGCGUAUUCCACUUGUUGACCUCAUACCCUCACCAAGCGAGCAGCGAAAAAUCUUCGCGGUACUCAACGAAAUGAGUGCUUUUGACGUGAUAGCAUGCCGGCUUCAACGCAAGGAUGUGACAAUUACUACCGUGCGCGACACCUUCGAUGUUGUUUUGGAUGACCAUGAAGACAUGGAUUACUAUUUGGCCGCUGGUGGAGAAGUGGUUGAGUGUCCAGACUUUGAAGCAGGGUUGGCCAAGAUUCAAUGUGGAGCCGAAAAAACGCUGCUUGUACCGGAGAGGCAUGCAGUUGCUCGUUUACUGCGCUCACCGGCCGGGCAAUCUGACCAACGGCGAAAUACUGUACCAGCGUCGCUCUCGAAGCGAAAGAGAACUGCUGGGGAGCUUGACCAAGCAAUCGCUAAGAAGGCACGAAAUCGCGGGACAAAGGAGUCCAAGUACAUCGAAGCUAACUGGAUCCCGACGACAUUCGUGGUGGCGGAGCGAUUUUCCUCGAUGGUCAAAAGCUCCAUAGGGUACCUACGGAAAAGUAUGAGUGCGUCCACUUUGGAAACGGUAAUGUUUCUAAAGCUAAACUGGGACUUGGUUACACUCGGAUCCGUAUCAGCUGCAAUUGAAAACUCCAAGAAUACAGAGUGGAGCAACCAGGUAGAUGACAUUGACGCAAUGUAA